CACGACUUUACUCUUCACAUCUCCACCACCACAAAUCAUGAAGACAUCUCUGGUCCUCCUUGCCCUCAGUCUGCUGGCUUGUUCAGUUUGGGAAAUCCAUGGGCAAUGCCAAGAGGUUGACCUUGAUGACCAGGAAGUACUGGAAGCAAAGCCGGAAAAGCGCAUGGAGCAACAGCUAAAGGGGACCUGCUGGGUGUGUAAGUGGGCACUGAACAAAGUGAAGAAAUCAAUCUCCACUUCCUCUAGCCAGGAGGAGCUAAAGCAGACGCUAUUGUCCGUUUGCGAUAAUAUUGGCUUCCUAAAAUCUGGGUGUAAAGGCCUGGUGAAAAAACACUUGUGGGUGCUGAUUGAGGAGCUUAGCACAAGUGAUGAUGUGAGGACCAUCUGUGUUAACAUUAAGGCCUGCAAACCAAAGGAAGUUUUGGACCUGAGCUACUGACCAAGCAGCCAGUAUCCAGAUUCCAAAGUGAGAAGAUGAUGUUCAGGUGUCAUGACAAUGCUAUGCUGCCAGCCUCUUGCUCUUUCUUUUUCAAACUAGUCACAACACAAACGUAUAAAUGGAUGAUGAAGUUGGAAUGAUUAUGUUCUGAAAUAAUGUUUUGGGAACAUGUCUUAUAAUUAAGCAAUAAGGCCAGAGUGCCUGCAGAGUGCCUGGAUACAGCCCUUAGCUGUGGUGUAACGGCCCUAUAACACAAACCCCCGAGUUGCCUUGUUGAUAUUAUAAACAGGUUACCAUUGUAAUUAGAAAAGUAAGUCAGUUGUUUUGCGUCAUACCCGUGGUAUACUGUCUCUUAUGAACUGGGUGGUUCGAGCCAUGAAUGCUGAUUGGCUGACAGCCGUGGAAUAUCAGACCGUAUCCCACGCGUAUGACAAAAAAAAUUCUUUACUGCUCUAAUUACGUUGGUAACCACUUUAUAAUAGCAAUAAGGCACCUCUGGGGUUUGUGAUAUAUAGGCAAUAUACCAUGGCUAGGGCUGUAUCCAGGCACUCUGUGUUGCGUCGUGCUUAAGAACAGCCCUUAGCCGUGGUAUAUUUGCCAUAUACCACACCCCCUCGAGCCUUAUUGCUUAAAUAUACCACAGCUUUCUGGAUCAAAUGAUUAUAAUAAUGUAUGUGUCAAUUUUAAAUUGCACUCUUUUUUUGUAUCACGUACAAAUGUAAAAAUUUUGCAAUUUUAGUCCAAAAGGUUGAAAAUGUUUGUGUGAUCUUUUUUGUUUGGGCAAAAAAUAAACCUCAAU